UCGAGUUCGUCUUCUUUUUCGAAAAUUUUCUGAAGAAGGAUGGAAGGAAGGAAGGAAGGAAGAAUGGAGGUUGAUCAUGAAGAUGGAGUUAUGGGGUCCAAAGAACAGGCUUUGAUAGCCAAAGGUAAGAGAACAAAGCGCCCAAGGCUUCAUUCUCCUACCCCUUUUACCAUUUCUUCAAAUGGGGAAGCAGGAUUUGUUGUUCUUGAUCAUGAUCAUGAUCAUGAUUCUAAUGUUGUAGCAGAAAACAAUGAUUUUGUAGCAGAAAACAAUGAUUUUGUAGCAGAAAACAAUGAUUAUGUUGCGGUUCCGGUUCAUAAUGUUAGUUUUUCUCCUUCGUCGUCGUCGGCUGAAUUGCAGCCAUCUAUCACGACAGACGAAGAGGAAGACAUGGCUAAUUGUCUCAUUCUCCUUGCUCAAGGGAGACCCCAGACACCGAAACAUGUCGACAACAACCGGAGUACGGUCGGAGCUGAAAAGGGUGUGGGGAUUGGAUGCUAUGGGUAUGAGUGCAAGACAUGUUAUAGGACAUUCCCUUCAUUUCAAGCUUUGGGAGGACAUAGAGCUAGCCAUAAGAAGUCUAAGGCCAUUGAAGCUGAAAAGAAGGUCUUGUUGUGUUCAGAUGAUGAAGAGAUACAAUUUAAGAACAAUAUGACACAUUCAAUUUCUCUGCAAUUGAAUCAGAAAGGAAGUUUGUGUAGCAAUGGUAAGGGUAAAGUUCAUGAGUGUGCUAUUUGUGGAGCUGAAUUUACUUCUGGGCAGGCCUUGGGUGGUCAUAUGAGACGCCACCGUGCCAUGCCGGUUGCGAUGAACACGGCGUUGUCUCUGACUCCAAUGGCCAUGGAAGGUGAGGAUCAAAGACAACCAAAACGACAAAGAAACAUGGUUUCUUUGGAUUUGGACCUCAAUCUUCCUGCCCCUCAAGAACAUGAUCAUCAUAGAGAAUCCAAGUUUAUGAUAAAGUCAAACCAAUACCAGCAACAGCAAACACAACAUCAGACACAACAGCAGACACAACAGCAGACACAACAUCAGACACAACAACAACAACAGUAUAAGCAACAACAACAACAAAAACAACAGCAGCAGCAGCAGCAGCAGCCACUUGUUUUUCCUGCCAGGACUUUGGUUGACUGUCAUUACUAAGGAUGGAUAAGAAUUCUGAACUUUUUCCACCAUUGUUACUGAUAAUCGACUAGACGCGAUUAUGUGAAGUUAUCGUCUUCGUUUUCUUCUCCCUUUUGUUUGGAAACUUUACGUUUCAAUGUCAUCAAAUUCUUU